CCUAAACAUGCAUAGGAUUCGACUCUUAGAGAAUUAGUUCGCUAUUUGUAUGGAUAUAUGAACUUUGGCCUUCCUCGCCUCUGCAAGCUCCUGGUUGCUGUUUAACACUCACUGUAACUUAUGCAAGAUGGCUGAGGUUAUGGCACCGGGCACCACGUCCUGGAGCACAGCUGGCCAAUCUCCGACAAAUGCCUGACCUUGCCAACCCUUAACACGGGCCCUGGCCAUUUUUUUGUAUCUUGCUCUGUUUGGUGGAUCUUGGGCUUCUAGUCAUAAAACAAAGAUCUGGCAGGCUGGCAGUCUUCCUGACCCUGGAAUAUAACAAGAGUAGAACGUAAGAACAUCAGAAGAGCCCUGCUGGAUCAGACCGAGGGUCCAUCUAGUCCAGCAUUCUGUUGACACAGUGGCCCACCAGCUGGCGACCAGGAACUCACAAACAGGACAUGGGUACAACAGCACCCUCCCGCCCAGGUUCCCCAGCAAUUGGGGAGCACCAAUGAGGAACCCGUAGAAGUUGUGCCUUGUGCGAUCACAGUAGCAUGCCUGUAAGCACAUAGUCCGAAGCAGGAUGGCUCAGCAAGCAAACGUUGGUGAUCUCCUCACCAUGCUUGAUUCUCAAGUCCUGGCUGUCCUGGAAGAUAUAACGGCUGCGUUUAGAGAGAAUCUAAAUUCAGACCGUGGGCCCAUGCUUGUAAAUACCUUGGUAGAUUACUACUUGGCCACCAGUUCUGAGCAAGCACUGUACAUCCUGUCUACCCUUCAAGAGCCACAUGACAAGCACCUUCUUGACAAAAUCAAUGAAUAUAUGAGUAAACCCACCACUCGCCUCUCCACCCUCUCUCUCCUGGGUCAUGUGAUCAGAUGUCAGCCCUCUUGGAAACAUAAGCUUUCUCAAGCACCUGUCCUUCUUUCGUUGCUCAAGUGUCUCAAGACUGAUACGGAUGUAGUGGCCCUCACUACAGGAGUGCUUGUGUUAAUAACCAUGCUGCCAAUGAUCCCCCAGUCUGGGAAGCAGUACCUUCACGACUUCUUUGGCGUCUUUGGCCGCCUUUCAUCCUGGUACUUGAAGAACCCAGGCCAUGUGGCAGAAAUCUACCUAGUCCACCUCCAUGCCAGCGUCUAUGCCCUCUUUCACCGCCUUUAUGGGAUGUACCCUUGCAACUUCGUUUCCUUUCUGCGCUCUCACUACAGUAUGAAGGAAAACCUGGAGACCUUUGAAGAGGUGGUCAAGCCAAUGAUGGGACAUGUGCGCAUCCACCCAGAGCUAGUGACUGGAUCGAAGGAUCAUGAGCUGGACCCUCGAAGGUGGAAGAGGCUAGAGACGCACGACGUUGUGAUCGAAUGUGCCAAAAUCUCCUUGGACCCAGCGGAAGCUUCCUACGAAGACGGCUACUGUCCAGCAUCCCAGCAGUCCUGCUCGCAUUUGCAGCACCGCGUAGCCGACCCCGAUGCCGGCCCUUUCGUUCCUUCACACAGCACCUUCGGAGCUUUGACGUCUACCCCUUCUCGGCUAGCGCUAGCGCAGAUGUCAGGGCAGCUACCUCAGAUUUUGAACUCCCAGUCCUCGUGUCUGUCAACUGAGCCUCAGCAGGUGUCCUUCUGGAGUCCCUCCGCGAUCUGUGGCAUGACCACUCCCCCCACCUCCCCUGGGGUUGCUUUGGAAUCUUCACAAACAUCUUCCCAGCCUGGCAGCAAGUUCUUUAGCACACCCGUUGGGAAAGGAACCCCCUUCGGAACCCCUGCCACCUCACCACCUCCAUCGUGCAUUUCAGACGAGUGCGUUCACGUUUCAGCUUCUUCAGCUACUGCUGCCGCUCUCAAGAAGGAGGACAGAGCAGAUUCUGGGAGGCCUUUGUUAUCCCGGCAGCAAAAUAUCGUAAACAAUGUGAGAACUUUGGACUCCCAUGGCAGUAAAAGUUCGGUAACUUUAAGUGAUCUACCCGGCAUCUUAGGUGACCUGGAGGCCUCUUUUGAAGACAGCGGGGAAAAGGACCGAGAGGAAGAUGCCAUAUCAAAGGAGAUCUCCGAGAUCACGACAGCGGAUGCUGAGCCCGUGGUGCCUCGGGGCGGUUUUGACUCCCCUUUUUACCACUCCACCGAGAGUCUCUCCGGCUCCAAGAAAUCCCAGUCGGCAGCCUCCAGCACUCAGGGCCAGAUCCUGAACUCCGAGCCCCUGGCGUCAUCCUUUCCAGACCAGCCUGGAGGCGAGAGCCUGCAGGAGACCCCUAAACAAGCCUUCACGCCUAUAGACCGGCCGUGCCGGGAUUAUCCCGCCAGCCACCGGGAAAGCCAGGCGUCUCUGGAGUCCAGCCUUUUCACCCCCAGUCCCUGCAAGUUUCCGGCCCGCAAGAGAACAGGGGCCGGGAGUGAGCAGCAGCCUCGCGAUUACGAGCACCUGUUUGAGGUGGCGUUGCCAAAGACGGCCUACCUGUUCGUCACCGAAAGGACGGAAGAGCUGCUGAAGAAAGCCAAGGCGUGUCCAGAUGAAGACGGCGCUUUCUCCACCUCCCCUUUGGAAGUGCUUGAUAGGCUGAUUCAGCACGGAGCAGACGCCCACGGCAAAGAGCUCAACAAACUACCCUUGCCAAGCAAAUCUGCCGACUGGACUCACUUUGGAGGUUUCCCCCCUUCCGACGAGAUCCACACUCUCCAAAACCAGCUGCGAUUACUGCACAACCAGCUGCUGUACGAGCGCUUCAAGAGGCAGCAGCACGCGGCCCGGAACCGGCGCCUCCUGCGGAGAGUCAUCAAGGCGGCCGCCCUGGAGGAGCACAACGCGGCGAUGAAAGACCAGCUGCGGCUUCAGGAGAAGGACAUCCAAUCCUUGAAGCUCAGCCUUCAGAAGGAGCAGGCCAAGAUCCGCCACUUCCAGGAAGAGCGCGACCGCAUGCUUGCCCAGCUCCACAGCCAGAUCCGCCAGCUGCAGCACGAGAGGGAGGAGUACUACAACCAGAGCCAGGAACUGAAGACCAAGCUGGAAGACUGCUACAACAUCAUUGCAGAUCUACGGUUGGAGUUGAAGAAGGCCAACAAUAAAGUCUGCCACACAGAGCUACUUCUGAGUCAGGUUUCUCAAAAGCUUUCUAAUAGUGAGUCAGUCCAGCAGCAGAUGGAGUUCUUGAACAGGCAACUUCUGGUGCUGGGAGAAGUAAACGAACUGUACUUGGAACAGCUGCAGCACAAGCACGCAGACACGACGAAGGAAGUAGAAAGUAUGCAGGCAGCCUUCAAAAAAGAGUUGGAGAGAGCCAAGUAUUGCGUUCAGCAGCAGAGCCAACAUUUGGAGGCAUCUCAGAAGCGGAUCGUCGAACUGGAAUCUCAGCUCACAAAGAGAGACCACCUCUUACUAGAGCAGAAGAAGUACUUGGAGGAUGUGAAGGUUCAAGCCAGGGGCCAGCUCCAAGCCGUCGAGAGCCGGUACAAGGCGCAGAAAAGGAUUACUCAGGCAUUUGAGUUGGAGAUCUUGGAUCUGUACGGUCGCCUGGAGAACGACAGGGUGCCGAGGAAACUGGGGGAGAACAAAACGGAGCCAGCCGAAAUGGCAGAAGAAAGGCCGUCUGGCGGGAAGGAAAGUAGCACCGUCUCCGUCUCCGGACGCAAUGAAGAAGCGAUCGACCGGAACGGCGAGACCAAACUUCCCAGUGCCCGGGGCAGCGGUAACAGCAGCAGCGGCAGCAGCGAGGUCUCCACCCCCGAAAAGCCGCCUCCCGGCCAGAGAGCCGGGCAGUUCAACAACCGCUGGGAAACGUCCGUGCUGCUGGAAGCCUCCCCCAGCGGCGGCCCGCUGACCGUGGGCUCCUUCCCCAGCUCCGAGAGCUUCCUGGGCAUGAAGGCGCGGGAGCUGUUUCGCACCAAGAGCGAGAGCCAGUGUGACGAAGACGGCGUGGCCAUCAAUAGCCUUUGUGACACUUUAAAGACGGAACUGUGUAAAGACCCGAGCAUGGAGGCCAGAGCCCCUCCCAGCCCGGAGGACUCGCCCCCCUCCCCCAGGAAUCAGGAAAGCAGUGUUGGACAGCUUCAUAUAAUGGACUACAAUGAAUCUCAUCAUGGGCAUAGCUAAAAUGGAAGAGAAUCUCAACCCCCCC